AUGAUUCAGAAGCAACACUCUGAGACAGUUUUCGCAGGCGAAGAUUUUGUGACCAAACAACUCAUGCUGCCACCAGAACAACCACUUGCUUAUACAUCCGUUCGAAAGUGGGUAGCAGAUCCUUCGAAAGCAGAAUUAAUCCCGACAUCAACAAAAACUCUUCUAGUAGUUUCGAAUCUCAGAGCUGGAGAGGUUUUUCUGCCUCAAGCGACUGGAAGAUUCCCAGAACAACAUAAAAAAAACCAAUACAAUUACGGUGAAGUUCCAAGUGUCGACAUUGCUGAUCACCGCCAUUUCGAUGAUGUUCUGGAUACUGACAAUACCAAUUAUUUCGCACUUGCUGAUCAACAAAAAUCCAGUGAUGAUCAAGAUGUCGACACUUUGGACGCCCACAAAGCCGGCAAUGAUCCAGAUGCCAAUAUUACCGACGUCGGAAAUGCCGAUAAUGAUCCGGAUGCCGAUUUUGCCGAGCUCCAAAAUGCCAUUGAUGAUCCAGUUGCCAAUAAAACCGACCUUCAAAAAGCCAAUGAUGAUCCAGAUGUUGAUACUGCAGACCUCCAAAAUGCCAAUGAUGUUGAUACUGCCCACCUACAAAAUGCCAAUGAUGAUCCAGAUGCCGAUACUGCCGACCUCCAGAAUACCAAUUUUGAUCCUGAUGCCGACAUAGCCGACUCUCAAAAUGCAAAUGAUGAUCCGGAUGCCGAUACUGCCGACCUCCAAAAUGCCAAUGAUGAUUCAGAUGUCGAUACUGCCGACCUCCAAAAUGCCAAUGAUGAUACAGAUGCCGAUACUGCCGGCCUCCAAAAUGCUAAUGAUAAUCCGGAUGCCAAUACUGCCGACCUCCAAAAUGCAAAAUUAAUGUUUAUCCGGAUGUCGAUACUGGCAACAUCGACAAUGCUAAUGAUGCUCCAGAUACUGAUAUUGUAG